GCCGCUAUGAGGAGGCCCUGGAGGAGCACCGGGAGGAGCUGCGGCUGCUGGAGGGCGCCGGGGACCGUUUGGGCUGCGCCAUCGCCCACCGCAAGAUCGGCGAGCGCCUGGCGGAGCUGGAGCGGUACCCGGCUGCCCUGCAGCACCAGGAGCAGCACCUGGAGCUGGCGCGGGCGCUGGGCGACCACACGGAGCAGCAGCGGGCCUGGGCCACCCUGGGCCGGACCCACAUGUUCAUAGGGGAGAGCGGCGAGGAGCCCGCGGCGCUGGAUGAGGCCCAAAGGGCUUUCCACACCAGCUUGGCCAUCGUGGAGGAGAGGCUGGAAGGAUGGGUGCCGCGGAGGGAGGUGCUGGAGAUGAAGGCUCGGCUCUUCCUCAACCUGGCGUUGGUGAGCGACAGCCGGAAGGAGCCGGAGCAGAGGGAGCGGUACCUGAGGAGGAGCAUCUUCCUGGCGGA